AGCGCGAGCGCGUCCCACAAUGCAUUCGCCACUCAGCGGGAAACCAAAAUGGCGAGGGCGAAUGAACCAAACCAGCCGUUUACCAUAGUGUAAAACACUUAAUACGUUAGACUCAUCUCUCAAAAGCAGCACCAUCUCGAUUUACAGCGGAGCGCCUGCUGACCGUUUAUGGUGUAAUUAUUUGUGUUUGUGAGGCAUUGUAACCCGGGAAAGUGGCCGAAUGAGAGACUCAGCAAGUGCAGAUAACCUGGCUGCCCAUCAAAAGUCAACUCCAAAUUGCCAGCACAAGUCACAGGUGCCCGUCUCACAAUUUCCCCUGAAAGAUGGGCUGACAGACACGGCCAAACUCGCCAGCAAGUUUGAAGAAGGGCAGGACGUCCUGGCCCGAUGGUCGGAUGGCCUCUUUUACCUGGGAACUAUCUCCAAGAUAGAUAAACAUAAGCAUCGCUGCUUUGUGAUUUUUGAAGAUCAGUCUAAAUCCUGGGUUCUGUGGAAGGACAUUCAGACAGUUGACAGACCUCAGAGUCUCCAGGCUUACACAAACCGUAAGUCCCACAUCGAGCCAGGAGACAAGAAUAGGGAAGGGGACAGUGGAGGGGAAAUGCUCUGCUCUAUAUGCCAGAAUGAAAGCUCCGAGCCCCCCAAUGAAAUAGUUAUCUGUGACAAAUGUGGACAAGGAUACCAUCAGCUAUGCCACGCUCCCAUAAUUGACUCCAGUGUCAUCAACUCUGAUGACAAAUGGCUGUGCAGACAGUGCGUGUUUGCUACAACAACAAAGAGAGGCGGUGCACUGAAGAAAGGGCCAAAUGCCAAAGCCCUACAGGAAAUGAAGCAGUCUCUGCCAUACGCCAUUGAAGAUUUAGUCUGGGACCAGGGCCACAAGACCAACAUCCAGCAAUGCUACUGCUACUGUGGAGGGCCUGGCGACUGGUAUCUGAAGAUGUUGCAGUGUAAUAAGUGUAAACAGUGGUUUCAUGAAGCUUGCAUCCAGUGUUUUCAGAAGCCCAUGCUCUUUGGAGACAGGUUCUAUCUAUUUAUUUGUUCUGUUUGUAAUAGUGGACCAGAGUACCUCAAACGUUUGCCUCUGAGAUGGGAAGAUGUUGCACACCUGAGCCUCUAUAACCUGAGUGUAAUUCAUAAAAAGAAAUACUUUGACUCAGAGCUCGAACUGAUGACUUACAUCAAUGAAAACUGGGACAGGCUUCAGCUUGGCAAGCUUGCAGAUACCCCAAGAGCAGAACGAUAUGAAUGCAUUCUGGAAGCACUUAACAGCAACCUCAACAUGUUCAUGUCAGGGAAAGAGAUAAAAAAGAAGAAACAUCUGUUUGGAUUACGCAUUCGCUUCCCACCUGCCCCCCAGAAUUCUGAGCUCCUGUCAGGUCGAGAGCCGGAAAAAGCCUCCCAUGAGAUCAAAAUCAAAGGCAGGAAGGCCACCAAACCCCCUCAUUCAUUCAGCACUGUCACUAAUGGAGUGAAGAAAGGAAAGAGGAAGCAUCACACACACUCCUUAGAGAUGUUGGCCAAACUGAGAAGAUCAAGUGAACUUUUGGCACAGAAUGAUGGGAAGUUUCCAACUCUAGACAACAACUCACUGGACCUGGUGGCUUCAAAAAGUGCUAAAAGUGAAAAAUCUUUGCCUUCAUCAAGUACCUCAGAUGUUGAAUCCGUUGGUGCCACCAGCACCAGUGAAACUACCUCAACCACCCUCUCAAGGCAGUCCAGUUUGUGCAAUCCGAGUGGACCACGCACUGGAUGCUUAUGGCCCACCGUCACACAGCCGCCGAUUAAGAGACGCCGGGGACGUCCACGACGAGCACUGCAGCCCCCGAAUCCAGAGAUUCCGCCACCCUGCAACCCAGAGCUGCAACCCAGCAACAACGUUCCCGAGCCCAGCCCCCUCCCCUCCUGCCUCUACAGCGGCAUGGACAUCAUGCAGGGCCUGGACCCCAACACCCAGCUCAACCACCUCAAGAGUUCCAUCAGCACUUAUUUCGGAGCUGCAGGACGCCUGGCCUGUGGGGAGAAGUACCGUGUGCUCGCUCGCCGUGUCACUAACGACGGCAAAGUACAGUACUUGGUGGAAUGGGAGGGUGUCACUGCCUCCUGAGCUUCAUAUGGGCCUAAUAUACUUCAUUUCUUGACAGUAAAUGUGCAACCCAUAAGGAGAGAAGAGCAGUGAUUGUGCCCAAAUGUAUGUGGUUGACUGAGAUAGUUGAGGGGCCUCAGGACUAUAAUGAAGAGAUGGGACUUUGUAAAGUUUUGUGUAUGUGACCUGUCUCUGUGGAAAUUGAAACGGACUGGAUUUACACAUUGAAGGUGGCUGUAGUUUCAGGUUUAGGACAUAAUCAAUUCACUACUAUGUGAAAAUAACCCAAGUCCUUGCUUUUUGUCUCUGAUGUGGAAGUGCCUUAAGGGGUUGUGAAACAGAUACUAUAUAUGCUGCUGGAGACCGAGGAUUUUUUUCUGCUUAUUCAGUUAAACAUUUUCUCAUAGCUCGAAUUGCCAAGAGGAGAGAGCGCUAUUGUCAAUAGGGCACUUUUAUUUACAUUUCAACUGAUUGCACAUAAGCUCUCAUCCUGUACAUCCAGUUUUGUGUCAUCUCAGUUUAAACAGCCUAGCUUGUGAAUUUGAUUAUAAAAUUAGAUUAUUGUUAAAAAACAAUGGAAAAUGGUUAAUUGUUCUCCUGCCACAAAACAAAAUUAAAAUAUAUGAGUAGCAUUAAUAUUUACAUAAAAUCUUGGUAUUUUCUGAGACAUUCCACAUUCCCAGAAGGCUAAUAGAAGGCUUUUUUUUGUUGUUGUUGUUGUAUAAAAAAUUAUCUUAAAAGCAUAUGACAGCGCUGUAGCGUUAGGAAGUCUUUGUAUAUCCCCCCCUUAAAAAAUUUUUAUAUCUGCCAUGGGAAUUUAAGUUUUAAAGGUUUUUAUUUUUUUGUUUUUGUUUUGUUUUUUAAAUUCUAAAUCGGAUGUCUGAUUUUUGUGACUGAGGGAUAGUCUUAUUUGUAUACUUUGUUAUACUAUGCAACUAAUUCAACAGACCUGUGUAUUUCUGUUUCUUUUCUUUUUUUUCUUUUUUUUUGCAGCUUCAGCUUCACAUUACAAACAGAAAACCGCAGCAAUAUUUUUUGUUACAAUUGACUCAGGCUUUUUGCGGUGCUAUUUAUUGCUUUCAAACACUGUACACUAACAAAUUGUCAAUUCACAUGAGCACUCAGGUUAAUUUACAACUUCACUGUAAGAUUUGAUAGGACAUCUAAAUGAGAUUUUCAGUUCUUAGCUUUGUAUUUUCAUACAUUUCUAAAAUUCUAAAGUUGUAUGAAUUUUUAGGUGGAAAUUUUUUGACCUGAGAAUGCCCUGUUCUCAAUAAUAUUAUCUAACCACUUGCAGAGGGUGGAAGUAGUAUUGGGAUCAGGCAAGUUUUGGACUUCAACAUUAAUACCUCCUGAUUUUGAUACAAAAGCAUCUUAUAAAUAUUAAGCUCUUGUUAUGUUAUGUGUAUGAAGCAUUAUUCAGUUGGUGUACCAGUGUUAGUAAAGCUUGCUUUGUAUUUUCCGGGCUUUGAGUAGGCUCCUUUAG